AUGGCGUUGAUACUUAACACCAUGAGAAGGUUCGCUGGACGCAACGUUAGAUGCAACAUUGGACGCUGGUUAUCUCUAUGGCGUGGCAAGGCCAAGCCCAGUGAAGAAAUGGACUGUGAUGUCAAUUCGACAUGCUUGCCGAUGAAUUAUUGCAAGUUGGAUCCGUCUUGGAAACAGCCCAGAGUGGUCAUCGUUGGAGCGGGCAUGGCAGGUCUAUCGGCUGCCCAGCACCUGUCCAUGUCUGGCAUUCAUAAUUUUGUUGUGCUCGAAGCCACCAACGAGGUGGGCGGUCGCAUACAUUCGACGUGGUACGGAGACGUGAUGACGGAACUGGGAGUGGAUUCGUUGUACGGGUGUCCGUCGGACUCGGUGUUUCGGUUGGCUAGCCAUGAGCGGUUGAUGAGUCCACCGUUGCCCAGGAUCGACCGGACGGCGGGUGGAUGGUACGUUCCGGAAGAACACCGGCAGAUUAAGGACAAGGUAGUGGCGAAAGCGGUGAGCCGAUUCAGGGAGAUCGAGAGAGCGGCGGUUUUGGCGUACGACGAGAUGCUGAACGUGCAGAGAACGGAAAGUCUGUGGGAGUGGUUCGACGAACGCAUCGAAUCCGAGCUGAAGGGCUACCUCGGUGACCGCGGCGAACUCGACGACAUGGGCCGCGUCAUGUACGCCAUGACCAAUGAACUGCGAACAAAAAUUGGCGCUAGCCUGCGUAACGUUGCGUACGAACUGUACGGCCCUGCGGUCAAGCUGCCGGGCGGCGAGGUCUCUGUCGCCUCCGGACUGAUCGGCACUAUGGCGCCGCUUAUUCGGAAUAUACCCGUCAACUGCCUGAAGACGCACCAGCGCGUCGCCACCAUCCGUUGGGGCGCGCCCAAUAACACCAGCCCGCGGUCGAUAGUGGUCACGGAAGAAGGCGUCGAGUAUCCGGCUGACUACGUGGUGUGCACGGUCCCGUUGGGCGUGCUCAAGCACUCACAGUCCUUGUUCUGUCCCGCGCUGCCAGCCAAACAGUGGGAGGCCAUUCAGAACCUGGGAUUCGCGAACGUGUGUAAAGUGUUCGCGCGGUACGAACGUCCGUUCUGGUUACCCGGCACCGGACACAUGAACUUUGCGUGGUCCAAGAUGGACCUGUACGGCAGCAGUAACGAUCGAAACCACUGGAGCAGGUGCGUAAGUGGCGUGCAUGAGGCGCCGGGCAGUAGUAAGGUACUGACCAUGACGGUGACCGACCGCGAAUCGCUGGCCGUCGAGACCAUGAACGAGGCGAUGCUGAGCUCCGAAGUGCACGAAUUACUGCGGCGAUUUCGCGGUGACCCGCACCUAUCGCCGCCAUCGCAAGUGUACGCCACCAAGUGGUCGACGAACCCCGAUUUUCGCGGUUUCAGAACGUUCAUGAAUGCGACAUCGGGCAUUGGCCACAUCAUCGAUCUGGCCACGCCGCUGUCGACCGACUGCGACAUGCCGCCCGUUAUCAUAUUCGCCGGCGAGCACACCAGCGUCGAGCACUACGGCACUGUGCACGGAUCAAGAAUGACCGGUAUCAGGGCGUCCAGCCAGAUCAUCGAGUCGACAAUACAGUACAAGGGCCCACCGUUUCCGUCUAACGCCGCGCCGCCUCCAAGACUCACAAAUAAACCACGCGACGGCUUCACUCAAGAAUAUAAUAAAUAA